AUGGAGCCUCUUCUCGUCGGUGACAAGUACCGGCUCGGCCGGAAAAUCGGCAGCGGAUCGUUCGGGGUGAUCUACGUGGGGACAAAUAUCCAUACCAACGAAGAAGUGGCAAUCAAGCUAGAAAACGUGAAAACCAAUCAUCAUCCUCAGCUACUUUACGAAUCAAAGGUAUACAGAGUCCUCCAGGGAGGACCGGGAAUCCCGAACGUGAGAUGGGCCGGGCCUGACGGGUCUGGAGGAAACUACGAUGCCUUGGUGAUGGAUUUGUUGGGGCAGAGCCUUGAAGAUUUGUUCGAUCUCUGCGACCGCAAAUUCUCCCUGAAGACCGUCCUGAUGCUUGCAGAUCAGAUGAUCAACCGGGUCGAAUUCGUUCAUUCGAAAUCAUUCCUCCACCGUGAUAUCAAGCCCGACAAUUUCCUGAUGGGCUCAGGAAGUCGAGCAAACCAGGUUUUUAUCAUCGAUUUCGGCCUGGCUAAGAAAUACAGAGAUUCCUCAACCCAUCAGCAUAUUCCUUACAGGGAAAACAAGGAAUUGACUGGAAGUGCUAGAUAUGCAAGCAUUAAUACCCAUCUUGGGAUUGAACAGAGUCGGAGGGAUGAUUUGGAAUCAAUUGGAUAUGUUUUGAUGUAUUUCCUGAGAGGAAGCCUUCCAUGGCAGAGGCUACCUGGUGGUACAAAGAAGCAGAAGUAUGAAAGCAUCAGUCAGAAGAAGGUUGCAACUUCUAUUGAGUCCUUAUGCAGGGGAUAUCCGCCCGAAUUCGCGUCGUAUUUCUAUUUCUGUCGAUCACUUCGGUUUCAGGAUCAGCCUGAUUAUGCCUACCUGAGGCGAAUGUUUCGCGAUCUUUUCGUUCGCCAAGGGUUCCAGCUUGAUUAUGUCUUUGAUUGGACAAUGAGCUCAGGAGAAGAUGGAAGAAGGCCAGCCGGGUUUUCGUCGUCAUCAUCAGCAGAAGAUCCUUCACGGAGGAGAUCAUCGGGUCAGGUUUUAAAUUCAUCAAGCAAAGAUGUUAUGUUAUCAAGCACUAACUUCCUAAGAAGAUCUAGUGGGAAGAACUUUGAUUCUGCACUCAAAGGAAUAGAAAGCCUACGAUUUUGA